AUGUCCCUAGUGUCAAGAGGACUUCGAUCAGGUACUUUAGAUAGUCCCGGAACAGCGCAAAAAAGUUCAAGAUUGAUGGGUCAAGAUAUGUCAAUUACUGGCAUCCGCAAGUCAUUGAGAAGAAAUGGUCUUAAAUCUCGAAGAAAAGCAAAGAUCAAUUUUGUUAGCAAGACAAACAAGCGGCUUCGAUUGGCGUGGGCUAAAAAGCAUAGGCAUCUUACUAUUGCUGUUUGGUGUUGUUCAGUGUUUUCGGAUGAAACAAAAGUAAACCUUUGGGGCUCAGAUGGUAAUUCGUUUUACUGGACGAAUGGUGGCCGAACCAUGCAGCGGUAUCAAGUCAAGUCUUAG